CCCCCGCGGUCCUGGAUCACAGAGGCCGUUGCCAGGCGCCCGGUGGAGCAAAUAUGCGGUCCGGGAACAGCAGCCGCCACUCUGGAGCAUUCGUCUCACGGAGUUCAGCAGGCCUGUCAAUGGCAGGAUACCAGCUCUGGUCACCGUGGUCCCCACUGGACGAGAGCCUCCAAUGGCUGCGGCACACGACACCUACACCUUCUUCCAAGCACCCCUUUAGGGCUUCCCUCUGCUUCUCACACACUCCUUAUCUUGAAGUGCAGCCGUGCUUUCAAGAGGUCCCCCCAGUCCUAGACAGCCCAUGCCGGGAGGCUGGGGUGAGUCCUAAGUUACCCUGCCACACAUCAGAGCUCCAAACUAUGAACAAGAAAGGGCUGGUCAGGAAGCCCCAGCCUGUCCGCCUCAGUGGAGUGGAUUCAGUCUUUGGCAGGAUCAUCACGGCUCAGCCACCAAGGUGGACGGGGACCUUCAGAGUUUCAGAAAAGUCAGCCUUUUGCAAAAUCAUCAGCCAGGAGCAGAAGUGGCCCACUGGAUUCAAGGAACCUCAGAUUCAGAUGUUAAUGACCAUGUGCAAACAGAUGCUGCGCUCUAUGCUCUUGCUGUAUGCAACAUACAAGAAGUGCACCUUUGCCUUGUACCACUCCAAGUAAAGGGUCCCCAUCUGAUUCCUGUUCUGCACACCAUACCCUUUGCUAUGUGCCUGAAGCUUACAGAAACCUGUCCAUGUAAAUAAAACUGUGACACUGCCCCAGCCAUCUUGCUUUUCUGUCAGGUGGUGACAAUUCAGGAGCCUUCUCCUCCCUUCCCCUCCAAAAAAGGGCCAGUGACAGAGUAAGGGAGAACAUUCCCACUGUAAAGUUGA